AUGGCUAGUAAAGAAAAUAAAUCAUCAAAAAAAAAUCGUACAGGUUAUUUAACAUCAUCAACAAAUAUCAGUGCUGCUAAUCAUCUUUCAUAUUUAUUUCAAACUGCACAUACAGUUUUAUUAACAACUGCUGAUUUUAAUUUGGUACGACAUCUUAUUAAACAAAUACGUAUACAUGCUCAAAAGAAACAAAUUCGAUUACAUCCGGAAAUGAAACGAUUACUUUGUUCAUGUUGUGAUAUGAUAUUAUGGUCACCAUUAACAGCAAAAGUUUGUUUUAAUAAACAUAAAACAGGUAUAAUUGUAUCAUGUUUAACAUGUAAUCAUUCUCGUUUCUAUCCUAAACAUAAUUCUUGGCCAAUAGAACAUGGUGCUCAUAUACCAAGCGAUUGGCUUUUUAAUAAUAAUAUUUCUUCAUUAGAAAAAUAA